GGGCAGCACUGGCAGAAAGUUUGACGGGGGGAUGAUAGAGCAGAGUGUCCUGCCUGAAAGAGAAAAUGAAGGGGAUGUGAUUCAACAUGUGUGUCUUUUAGAAAGAGAGAGAGAAAGAGAGAGAAUGAGAACAAGAGAGUAAAUGAGUUGAGAGGAAGUGCAAGACACUGAAAAGUCAGAGAGCGUUCGAGAUGUGAAGCAGUUUGUCUGUGUGACUCCUAUUUGCUCCAGCUCUGCAGCACCACUCCCCUACAAAAGCAGAGAUAUCUUCCCCUGAGCGUACACACCAGGACGUCCUGCUGCUGCCUCUCUGAUUGACUGGACUGCUGUGAGAGAACGGAGGGAAAUCUCCUCUAACCGUGGAUGUGACCCUCAGCAGUGAGAGCUGACUGCCCGUGCGUGGGGUCAAACCCAUGGAUCUGACUGUGACACACAGGUUAUUACCUCAACGCCCCGAUUCGGCCAUGCUGGCUCCACAGCCUUCUUUCUACUUGGAGCACCUCACCACUCAGCAUUGCCCUCAGUUUUCCCAGAACCACUUGCUGUAUAGCACUGAAGAAAGGCAGAGAAAGAUGGAGGGGGAGAAAAGAGAAGACCCGCAGCAGCUGAUGCAGAAGCAUAAAAAUGAGCAGAGUGCGGGAGCCAGCAAACAUGUUAGGCAGCUCCUGCGUGACCAUAUAAUCAUGAAGAAGCAGCCUUCUCCCAGCAGGAUUCAUGACAACUACUGCAGCACACCUCAAGGAUACAGGUUGCCUAGGCCACCAGUCUCUGACAUGUCCCUGAAGCAUGUACCCACACCCUCUGACCAGCGUAAGGACCUUUCCCUGCGAAGAACAGUUUCUGAGCCCACACUGAAGUGGAAGUUGAAGAAACUGAUCUCUGCGAGGCCUAACCCACUGCAACGAAAGAUCAGCGCCCCUCCGGCUGUCAAACAUAGGACAGAACCUAUGGACUCCUCUCCAAGCAGCAGCAGCACGUCAGCAUCAGGCUGUAGCUCACCAAACGAAAGCCUCAUGUCAGACAAUGGCUCCCUGCCAAGGGCUCCUGAGUCAAAGAGGGUGCUGAUGAAGAACAAUAAUUUGGCACACUUUGCUCUGUCUAACAACCACGCUGCUAUGCACAACAUCACUGCUGGACUUCCUGCACAGACUGACAUAGCAAAACAAGUGACUGUAUCAGAUCUGCAAUCUGUCAUCCUACCUUUGCAGGGAAGCGGCCCAGCUGUAUCUCAGCGCUUCAUCGUGAUUGAACCACACAUGAGGCUGAUGCGGCCCCAGCUAGUUCCUCUUCCUGGUUUGAGUACCUUUCCUCAGCAACAGCAUCCUCACCUCUCCUGUCCAUCCAGAAGAGAAGGCCUGGUUGCUUUGGGUUCCCACCGACCUGUGGAACGAGCACAUUCAGAGCCACUUCCUUACAGCCACUCAGUCUUGCCCCUGCAUGCAGCCCAUUACUCACACACCCACCAGCAACUCGCCCAGAUAUACCACAAGGCUGGAUUAGAGCGGUAUAAGCUUGCUACACAUCUGAGCAAGAUUCCUUCUGAGGACAUGGACCCAGAGGAGACCGGAUCAGCAUCAGGUUCUGGGACAGGGUCUCUGUGCGGCUCUGAAAUGGGAUCACUGUGUGAAGAUGGCCACCGCAGGAGAGAAAGCUCCGCCAGCACAGACUCCGUAUAUGAGACAGAGUCCAUCACGUCCUCUAGGGACAGCUUGAAUGAGACAUCACAUUCUAUCAGUCAGAGGCAGGUAAUCCUCAGACCAGCUUUCCAGCCAGAUGCACUGGGAGUUCCUACCAUACUGUGGCCUCACCAGUCUCACCCGCCUGUGAUCCGGAGCCGUUCUCUACCACCCUCCACCUCACUGACUCCUACCUUACAUGCAGCCGCCGUCAUACCGUCUCUGUCACUGUCCAGCCCUGCCACAGAAGCCAAGCUACGUUUUACAACAGGUUUGGUUUAUGAUGUUCAGAUGCAGAAACAUCAGUGUAUUUGUGGAGAUAACAGCUGCCACCCCGAGCAUGCUGGGAGGAUCCAGAGCAUCUGGUCCAGACUGCAAGAGAGAGGGCUUAAGAGCCAGUGUGAGACCAUCCCCAGCAGAAAAGCCACCCGUGCAGAGCUUCUAUCCAUCCAUUCAGAAAACCAUUUGUUAAUAUUGGGCAACAACAGGAUAAAUGGACCACCGCUUUUUGUGAUCUUACCAUGUGGUGGGAUAGGAGUUGACAUUGAUACAGUUUGGAAUGAGCAGCACACAGCAGCUGCUUCUCAAACAGCUGCAGGGUGCAUCAUAGACCUGGCCCUGAAGGUGGCACAGGGAGAGCUAAAGAAUGGUUUUGCGGUGGUGAGGCCCCCUGGACAUCAUGCUACUCGUUCCUCACCGCUGGGCUUCUGCUACUUCAACUCCGUGGCCAUCGCAGCCAAGCAGCUUCAAAACAAACUCAACGUCAGCAAGAUCCUCAUCGUAGACUGGGAUGUGCACCAUGGCAACGGCACCCAAGAGGUCUUCUAUGAUGACCCAAGCGUUUUGUAUAUCUCUCUGCAUCGCUAUGAUGACGGGAACUUCUUUCCUGGUAGCGGGAGUCCAAAUGAGGUCGGUGUAGGUACAGGGAAGGGCUUCAAUGUCAAUGUGGGAUGGAAUGGUGGUCUGGACCCCCCAAUGGGUGAUGCAGAAUACCUAGCUGCAUUCAGGGCUGUGGUGAUGCCCAUCGGCCACGAGUUUUCCCCUGAUGUGGUCCUGGUCUCCGCUGGCUUCGAUGCUGUCCAGGGGCACCCAUCCUCAUUGGGAGGUUACACGGUCACAGCCAAGCUUUUUGGAUUUUUGACACGUCAGCUGAUGUCACUGGCGGGGGGCAGGGUCGUCCUCGCUCUAGAGGGGGGCCACAACCUCAAAGCCAUCUGCGAUGCUUCUGAAGCCUGUGUCAGUGCCUUGCUCGGCAUGGAGGUGGAGCCUCUUUCCCAGUCACUCUUGGAUCAAAAGCCCUGUGAGAACGCAGUGCGCUCUCUGCAGAGAAUCGUGCAGAUUCAGGGUAAGUUCUGGCAGAGCGUGAGGGAUUCAGCCGCCACAGUGGAUAUGUCCUACCUGCAGGCACAGAGACACCGGCUCAGGAGAGACUCAGACAGCGAGGCAGUCACUGCCAUCGCCUCUCUGUCAAUGGGCUCCCUCACCUCAGAAAGGAAACCGCUUGAAAGAAUGUGAAGAAAAAAAGCCUAUAUAUAUAUAUAUAUAUAUAUACGUAUGUGAAUGCAUCUUGAUCAUCACUGGAACGUGCAAACCUGCACUACUACUGUCUGCAAUGUGACCACUCUGAUUCAAACAGAGGAGCAGUGUUGUAGACAUUCAUGUCCUCAGAAGAUCUCUGCAGCCUUUUCCCAAAAAGUGACAUCAAUGGCUAAACAAUAAAAGAAGUUUCAAAUAUGCCCAAACUCUGAGUAAUGAAGACCUGGUGUGACAGGAUGUAGCAUGAGCAGAGAUGAGAAACCGUUUCUGAUUGCGUCGAAAUCUGCACAGACCACUGAGACUCUUAUUUUAAAUAAGUCGUGUCGCCGGAGAAGAGGAUGACAGGUGAACCACGAUCACUUUUCUGCACGUGACAUAGAUCAAAUGAAGGACAAGAAGAAGAAAAAAAGAUUGGUUUUAAUCUGAUCGGUCUCUCUCUGAUUGCUCUCCGACUGGACAAGAAGCAUGUGAAGCGUGACCACAAUCAAGCAUUUUUUUUUGUUUGUUCUUCUUUUUACUUCAUUAGAAUAUUCGUUUAUUUGACAUAUGGCACACAUUUCUGUGGAUGUCAGCAUGCAUUUUUUUUUUCUUUAAAGAGAUCCAGGGUGAAGCUACAGUGGAGUCUGAGAUACAUAUGUUUCAUAUUGUUUUCUGUGUCCACAUAUUUUCUGAGAUCUUUUCUUUCUUUCUUUCUUGGCCUGUAAGCAGAGCACAUGCAGCAGGGGUUUAAAAAGCUGCAGUUAGUGUUAUCACCCUCUGACAGAUAAAAGAAGACUCAUCGUCCUUUUAUAAAAGUACAUCUUAAAUAUGCAGACACAGUGCCAUACUCGUGGCAUUAGUCCCAGUUUAAAGCUAAUACCUUAAACAAGCUGGGGCGUCGACAUUAUUGAAGGCAUUCGUGCAUUUGAACGAAGCUCCAGUGCCUUUUGAAACUAAAGUUUUACAUGCACUGCUUUUAGAGACACAUAAACAGUUUUUACUCGUCUUCUAACAUUGAAUCAACUUCAAAAUGUCCUGUUUCAAGUUUUUAAAGUUACUAGAAAUUAGCCAUAUUUUCUCAAUAUCAGAAUAAAUACACACAUUAAGACUAGGAUGCCAUUACCUACUUUAGGUAAGCUGGGAUGAAGGUGUUCUAUUUUUUGAUUGGUUAAAUCACAUAAAAAAAAAAUCUGACCUUUUUCCAUGUUGUUGCACAGGGCAACAUGGAAAAUUCAAUUAUGCUGAAAGCUCAUAUAGGGAACUGUUGAUGUCCACCAGACAGAUUCACCCUUGGUUACAAUUUCCAGAUGCCUGGCAAUGCAACUUUCAUAUAUUUAAAAAAUAUAUGCCAGUAUAAACUAACAUCACUGGGAUGUCUAACUGUCAGACUAUUCAGGUUUCUGUAUCACAGAGAUAAACUCCUUUUCUGCUUGUGACAAAGCUGGUUGAAGCUGCUGAAAUGUGUUACUUAUGAAAUGAGUCUUGUGCUUGGAAAGCCUUAAAGGCCAUUGAGUGAGAAAGAAGCAACAAUGCACACAGGGACAAACAUCUGGAUUAGUGGAGACAUACCCUGUGGUCUGAUGGUGGUAAAAUUAAUGUGCUUGGCUAUAACGGCCUCUGUCAUUAAAGCCUGGCCACCUGAGAGCAAAUUGUACUGUGAAACUCCUGGUAGGAACAGGUGUACCAUAUGGAAAAGUUAUUUCAAUAAAAUACUAAAACAACUUGUCAAGAUAUCCUAGAGAAAGGUAAAGCUUUGUCACAAGCAUUGUAGCAGAAAUAACAUCAGUGUUGUUGGAGAAACCAACACAAACCACUGAUCUCAAAUAGAAAGUUAGAGAGAUGCACAAACAGGACCCAUUUACUGCAACCCUGUAAGGAGGAAUGGGCCAAAUUCCCAGCAAACUGCUGUCAGGGGCAAUAUUUUACCUGUAAGCUUAAAGGGAUGUUCCAAUACUAAGGCAAAGCACUUAAACUUCUGAGCUCAAAGCAGAAAAAAACAACAUAGAGAACAAUAUUUUUCUUGCAUUUUCCAAAUACAAUAGUUGAAGUAAUCCUAAUGGACCUCAAACAGGCAUAAUUUAAAUUAGUUUAAUGUCUAAAAGUGAGAACGUGUUUGGUCUUUGGACAAACAUUAUGUAAAUAUCUUGUAUGCAAAAAAAAAAAAGACACAUCCAGGGUGUUUUAAAUUUGACUUCAAGACUUUCCACACAAAG